AUGCAGACUAGAUCAAACUUUAGAUGGAAAACACCAUCAAGAUUAUAGAUCAAAACACCAACUCAACAGUAAAUUGUUGCUUUGUCUUAAAUGAUGAUUAGAGCAGAUUCUACUAAAAGAAGACCAGUCAAAGUCAAGCAUUUUGAAAAAGAAUAGAUAAAUAAUAAUGUUGAAUCCUAAUAGUAAUUACAUUCGAUUCCUAUAAUAUAAGAAAACUUAAAUAAAGAGUAUUUAAGAGUUAUUUUUUAGAAUGCUAGUAUUAAAGAAUAAUUAAAUAUCAUCAAUGAAAGGUUUGUUAGAAUACAAAAAUUUAAAUUAUAUUGAUUUAUCAGCUAACUAAAUAAAAGAAAUAACAGAGAUUAAUUAAUUAAAUAUUUAAGUUCUAAUGAUAUCCUAUAAUAAAGUAAAAGAAAUUAAGAAUUUACCACAAUGCUUAAAAAUUCUAGAUGCUAAAAUUAAUAUGAUAGAAAGAGUAGAUCUAUAGAAUCUAUAUAAUUUAAAAGUUCUCAAUUUAUAGAAGAAUAAUAUUUCUUCUGUCAAUUUAUAUGGAUUGUAUAAUUUAUAGAAGGUAUAUUUAGAUGAGAAUAAAGUAUAUUUUUAAUUGAUUUAGAUUACUUACUUCACAGAAAUCCCUUACUUAGAGUAAUUAUAAAUUCUGUCCUUAUAGAAUAAUUAAAUAAUAAAAGCAUUUGAAUCAUCAUAAUUAGCAAAAAUACCAAAGAUAAGAUAAAUUUAUGUCUAAGGCAAUCCUUUUUCAAGAUUUAUUCAAUAUGAAAAUUAUUUAGAAUAUCUAAAUGAUUUGACUGGAUAAAUGCAGCCAGCCAAACUUAGAUGCAAAUCUGUGGAAACAUAAAAAAGCUUAAAGCUAGAUACCUCAGAUGCAUUAAUUGCAAAAGAACAAAAAUUAAACAUUAUUGAUUUUAGCGAACAGACUCCAUUUCCAUCUACUUCUUAAGCUAAAUAAGGCUAUACUUUUAAUUAAUAGCUAAUAUAAAAGAUUAUCAAGAAGAAUUCAGGGGAAUAUAGUAAUAAUUAUAGAACUGAAAUUAGUUAAUAAGGUAAAAGGGAAAGGCAUAUUAAUUAAUUUUCUGUGAAAUAAGCAUAAAUAAAUUUUGUUCCUGAUUUUUCUUUUAUAAAAAAGUUAAAUAAAAAGACAAAAUCAGAUUUAUUUAAUCAAAAUGAAAUAGAGAAAAUUAGGUUAAUCAAAAAGCAAUUUAACCAUAAAGAACCUAUUGAAAUAUGUGUCAGUAAAUAUUUUAUACUUUCAAAAUGUUUAAUUGUAUAUGGAAAUCCUAAAAAUAUUGAUUAAAUCGAGGUUGAUAGUUUGGUUCUAAAAUAUUAUGAAUUAGAAAAUUUGGAUAAUUGUAAUCUCUUUAAUUUUAAUAAAAUUACUAAAUUGACUUUGCAACAUAAUAGAAUAUGUAAUCUACAUGAAAUAAAUCUAUUACAGAAUUUUUUUCAAAAGAUUGAAAUUCUAUAAAUAGAAAAAAAUGAAAUUAAUAACUCGACAAUAUUGAAAUCAUAUGUGAAUUUUCUAUUUUCUCUUGAUGAUAGAGAUAAAAGAUACUUCCAUAAAUUCUCUGAAAUGAAAUCUAACGCUUAAGAAAGCAUAGAAAUUGAUGAUAACGUGAUACCAAAAAUUAAUAUAAAUUAGUUUGAUUAUUUCUUUAACUCAUAUAUUUUAUCAGUUAUUGAUUAAAUAAAUGCGUAAUGA